UGUAUUUUAAACUUUGUUAUCAUGUAUUUGAUAUGUAAAUAAAGAUAUAAUAUAAUUGGCAAAGAAAUAUGAAAUUUUGUGAACAGCAAAAUAUAGAGGUUUUGUUGCCUGGAAUUCAUUCCUCCUUGUGCACAAUAUUUUUUUUUUUGUGGUUGGUGGUACUGUAUAUUAAAUAAAUCUAAAUGAAUAGUGUAUAACUUUCUCCCAUGUGCUCCUUGGUUUGGCGUGUGUUUAUUCAUUACGCAGUGACGUAAACAUGGAUAGUCGGGGAAUGAGAAUGAUACAAAUGUGUUUGGCUUUAGGAGAAGAUGAUAACUUAAAUUGUGAAUGUGUAGAAAAUACAGGAAUAAUUUCACAACAGAUUGUUGAGAGUUGUGGCAGUUCAUCAAAUGUGCAAGAACACUUUUCAACAAUAGUGGAAAAUAAUGUUGUUAAUACCGAUGCUGGGGAAAAUACAGUAAUACUCUCACCACAGGUAAGUUCAACAUCAUUUUUUAACCUAAAAACUUUAGUUGAUAUGUUAUGCAACAACUUUUUUCAUUAUUGCAAUUGAAUUUUGAUUAACAAACUUACGUCAUUGUUACAUUAAAUAACACUACGUGACAUAAUAUAAAUUAAGUUUUGCCUAUAGGUUGUUGAUUUUUUUUGUUUCAGAUUGAUGUUAGUUGUGGUAGCUCUUCAAAUAUACAAGGGCACUUUUCGACAAGAAUGGAAAAUAAUGUUGACAAUACUGAUUCUGGAGGAAGUACAACAAUACUGUCGCCACAUGUAGGUUCAAUAUUUUAAUUUCCUUACGUAAAAACAUUGGACCUUUUUAUGUUUUAAAACAACUUUUAUGAGGUUUUGGUACACAACUACGUCCCCAUGCAGGAAAUAUUAAUAUUAUGUAUCUGCCAAAAAUAUCUCGAAAACACUUUCAGAAUGACAUUUAAUAAUUUUAUCCUUGAAAAGUUAAACAUUCUAAAUAGCUAAAAUACCCGUGCAUCUUACCUUGCUAGCUGUUAUUUCGCAGUUUCUUUGUAGGGCUCAUUUUCCUGUGUUGUAUUCACAAACAUGGCAACGAGCAUGUGUAGCAAUGAUAAACUAAUCUAAAUGAAAAAUAUUUUAAAUACACAAUGGCCAAUUUGGUAUUGUGUAUAUACGACGAUAAAAAUAGCCGAUCCUAAUUAUAAACAUCACUAUUUAUGCAUUUAACACAAACCCAGCUAAAUUAACCCCGUUAAAUGAGCCAUGUUAAACUAGCCGACAACACCACGAGAAGUUGGCUUCUAGUCAGAGUAUGCCAAAUUAAAACAUGUCAUAAUGUAAUAACUAUGAGUAUUUUAAAAGUAUAAAAUAUUGCAUGACAUAUUGAAUGUGUUUAUGAGAUAGUUUCCUGGAUCAAUAAGGGGGGUGGGACGUUAGCUUCACGUCUCGUCGACAACUGAGGUCAUUAGAAAUGGUACCACACAACUGAACCAUUGUAAAGUACACAGGAGGGAAGCGGACAUGGCCCAUGUUAAGGACGCCAUCUCGAUAUUCGACUGGAGUGAGUUCGGGAAACCAUGGAAACCCGAAAUCAGGAUGGCCGGAGCCGGGAAUCGAACUUUCGGGUCCUCCCGACUUCGUGUCCAACGUGCUAAUUUUUCUACAUGGACAUGUUGCAUACCGUAAUCCUUAGAGCAUUAUUGCAGUGGAAUUUUAAUUACCUUAGUAAGCUCAUUGUUACGCUAAAUAACCUAACAAGACAUAUUAAUUUCUAUGUUGUUUGCUUAACCCGGAUAUGUAUUUAGUUUCAACAUACUGAAAUUGUAAAUGUAUAUAAUAAUAAUAAGCUUAGCAAACUUAAAGGUUUAUAUUACUUUUGUUUCAGAUUGUUAAAAGUUAUGGUGGUAUAUAUAUCAACUAUGCAGGAAUGCUCGUUGUCAGCUGCAGAAAGUGAAGAGGAGUAUUUGUCUCUUUCGGGUUCCAAUUUUUAUUCUCCCAACUCGGAGGAUGAAAGUGAUAGUUCUGACUAUAAUGUACGAGUAAAGAAAGCAAAGACAUCAGUUAAAAAUAAGAAAGUCUUUGCUUCAAAAAAGAAGAAAAUUACUAACCAGGUGCCAAAAUGUGGAAGUAAACAACAACAUAAAGUAUUACGAAAUAAGAAGGUGAAUGAUCAUGGAAAUGAAGGUGGUGAAAUUUCAUGUAAUGUUGCAUGUUCCGAUGUAGAAGAAGUUGUCGGAGAUAUACCUAAGAAAAGGAAGAAGGGUGAAAAUUCAAGAAUAUUCAGAAAGAAGAGGAAAAUUGCAGGAGAGCCUUACAAGAGCACAAAAGGUUAUAUUGUUCCGGGGAAAUGUCUGCCCCUAAACCCUUGUACAAAAUGUAAAUUACGAUGUAAAGAUAUUGCUGAUGAAGAAAGACAACGUAUAUUUUCUUACUAUAAUACAAAUUUAACAUCUCAGCAGCAAAAUGACUGGAUAUGCUCCCAUGUAUCGAAAGUUGCAGUGAGUAGAAGAAGGAAAGAUACUAAAAACCCUGAGAAAAGAUUAAACACAUACAGAUACCAUUUUGAUAUCGAAGGAAAGCCGGUCCCUGUGUGUAGACAAUUCUUUCUUGCAACACUGGCAUUGAAGAAGAAAAAAGUGCACUAUACCAUUGAACAUGCAACCAGCAUCAACACAGCGAAGGUCGAUGAAAGAGGCAAAUCAGAAAGUCACAACAAAACACCAGAUGCUCUUGUAAAAAGUGCGGAAGAAUUUAUUUCUAAUCUACCAGUGGUGCCAUCUCACUACUGCCGAAAGGAUUCCAACCGUCGAUACUUGCCUUCACACUUGAACAUGAACAUAAUUUACAAUGAUUAUAAAAAAGGAAUGGAUGAAACAGGAGAAUCAGCUGUGUCAUUUAAUGUAUUUAGAAAUUCAUUUAAGUUGUUUAAUCUUGCAUUCCAUAAGCCUAAGAAAGACAAAUGUGGAUUAUGUGAAAGUAUAAAGAACAAAACUGCCUCAGAAGAUAUGACUGCUACUGACAGGGAGAGUUAUUUGACACACAUGAAUGAAAAACAUGCCACAUAUGCGGAAUACAAGGAGGACACUAAAGAGACAAAAGAAAACGCAUCACUUAUUGUUGCUAGUUUCGACCUUCAGCGAGUGUUGACUACUCCACAUUCUGAUAGUACUUUGAUGUACUAUGCACGUAAAUAUGCCUUUUAUAAUCUAACAGUGUAUGAAAACAGGAAUGGUCGUGGGACUUGUUACGUCUGGGGUGAGUGUGAUGGGAGAAAAGGGUCAACUGAAAUCUCUACCUGUGUAAGCCUGUGGUUGCAAGAUAUUGACAAAGAGCUGGGUGAGCAUCAACAGUUAGACAUUGUUCUAUACUGCGAUAACUGUCCAGGACAGAACAAGAACAGAUGUAUGUUCUCAAUGCUGUACCAUAACUGCCAGAAAUUGCCAGGAGUUCGAAGUAUUCAGUUAAAGUUUUUGUUAACAGGACAUACAUACAUGGGUGCUGACACUGUGCACAGCACAAUUGCUACGUUCAUUAAGAAGCGAACUAUCAUGGCACCUUCGCAGUGGCCCUUUGUCAUAGAAAUGGCAAGAACUAACCCUAGUCCAUUGCUGGUAAGAAAACUAGAGUACAGUGAUUUCGAAGACUGGGAAUCACUUCAAGAUAACUAUUUUCCCAAGACUCUGAAGGACUGUGAAGGGAAUCGAAUCAGAUGGUCAGCACUACGUCAGAUGGUCAGCACUACGGGGAAUUAAGUUUACCAAAGGAUACAAGUGUGCUGAAAUUUGGUACUCAAGUUACACAAAGGAUAUUAGUAGAACUGAUAUGCUGAAGCGCAGGAGCUUUGACCAAAUCCAUGUUUACAGGGCUUACAGCAAGAAAAGACCUAUUUCAGAAGCCAAGUUCAAAGACCUGAUGAACUUAUGCAAGAAAAUGGUUAUACCCAAAAAAUUUCAUGAGGAAUAUUCUUCUCUGCCACAUUCCGUACAAGAGCAUGAUCAUCUGGAUGAAAGUGAUGAAGAAGAUGGUACCCAAGAAUAAAAUGUGACGGACAAACAUGGGUCUACUUUCGAUAGACAAAGGAAAAUAGGAUACUGUUUAUUUUUAGUUGUUACAUUGAAUGUAAAACCAAAACUGUUGAAGACUUUUAUUAGUAAACGUCUUCUCCACAACUUUAUCAAGAAGAACAUGAAAAUAUGACCAGGAACAAGAGGUUACUACAAAACAUUAUUAUAUUGAUUCCAAUUUGAAUCGACAAGGGGAAACAGUUUUUUUAGCUCUUAUGUUUGAAUGUGUUACUGCCGAAUAUUGGUUCAUUAAUUCUAAUUCAGUUGGAAACACGUGAGAAAAAUAUAAUUAUUUGUGUUUGUUAUGUUUGAAUGUAGGAAUAUGUUUUAAAGAUUUCAUCAAUAGUUAUUCUUUUCUACUACAUUUUCUGCAACUAAUGUUCUUCUUAUGACUAUUGACGUAACAAUUAUUCCUUUUUGGAUCGACAAAAUAUUGUUUACUUAAGUAAUGUUUUAUUGUAGGUUUCAUUGUUAGGUUCUGGUUUAUAAUGUCAGAAUAAUAAUGUAAAAAAGUAUAACAGUUACAAGUAUAGUUGAAACAAAAAAGGGUACAAGUGUCAUUAUUGUUACUUAAAUACUCACUGGCAACAAUAACAGAAAUGCAAAAAGGGGACAAGUAACAUAAUUACUAAUUACCAAACAUCAUAGCAAGUGUUAUGUUAUCACAUUUUUUAGUACAUUUUAAAGCCACUAAUUGGUGUUAAUAUCGUUCACCUGUGAAAAAAAUACUUUCUGUUAUGGUAGACGAUACUGUUAAAAAUGUAGUUUUUCCCCUCUAGUGCAAAAGUAAGAAAAUGUCACUUGGCACCUUUUUGCAAAAGACCGACGAUAUUGUGUAUCAUGAUUAAAUAAUCCAAAAUUACUUUCUAUUCACAAGUUAAGAAACGGCAACAAUGUAAGCAUAUUGGCGUUAUGUAAUUGCCAAAAAAAUUAAAUAAUAUAAUGAAAGCCAAAAGAAAAGUUCUUGAACACACCCCUCAGUCAAAAAACCACAAAAUAAACACAAAAACAUUACAAGGUCAAAAUAUGUUGUAGCUCAGGAACUGAGAAAUAACAGCGAUUAUUUAUUGGAUUUGGAGGCUUUAUGGACCCUAAGACAUCCUCCCAAUUGUAAACCAAAGUGUCCACAGGUUUAGGCCAUUUCAAAGACUUUGCAGAUCUUUGCAUUGAAGAUAUAACUACUGAAUCUGAACUACAGCUCUCUAUUUAACCAGGAAAUAGUUCAUCUUCAUACUUGAAAAUUACGAACUUGCCUUUCACUUUCUUUACAGGUAGCCAUUUUUGUCCACUGGCACACAUUUCUUCUUCACUUACUUCAAAGUAACUCGACGAAUCUUUAAGCUCAAUGCUCUCACAUUCUGAUCGGAUUCUGAAGAUGGUAGAAUCAUGCGUUUCUUUUUCUGCCCAUUGUUUUUUUUCUUUUAGGCAAUGCUUUCUUUGUGAUUUGCUUUGAGGAGCCUGCUUCAGUAAGGUCUGCCUCACUGAUUUCAUGAGCAAUACUUUUCCCAGCUGUGCUCCCACUCACUGUGUUCUUUCUUUUGUCACUAAAAAACACUUUGAAACUAUUUUCAAUACUAUUUCUUUUACAUGUCUUGUCUGGCAAACAUUCCAAGAGUUUGUUUACAUUGCAAGGAUGCAUUCCACAUUUGCAGAAGCCAGAUUUAAAAUUUACAGCUGCAUUCAUGGAUAUUACCUCCAUCAACUCCCCGCCCUUCCCAGGUAAGCACUAACAAUGCACCUUAAUUCAAAUUCGUCGAUAGGAGAUCCAAAGUCACUCAUGGCAAUGAUGCAGUCUGACAGUAUUCUCUCCUCUUCAUCACUAAAAACUUUUGGCUUUCCCGUUUUAGAAGUGUGAUGACCUUAUAAUUUGUUCUUGAUGGUUCGUCUUGGUAUUCCAAAAUACACUGCAGCAACCCUAGUUGAAAUAUUUCCAUCUCAGAUGGCUGCUAAACAUUCGGUCAGCUUCUCUACAGAAUAAUCUGUGUAACACCUGCUACCGGGUUUCCUUUUGUAUUUUCUUACCCUUUUUAUCUGCAACAAAACAGAAACAAUAUGUUUGAGCAUUUCAUUUUCUGAUUCGGAUAUUGUACUGCAACAAAAUAGUGCACAGCAUGUAUUAUUUCCAUAAAGUUUUUUUGGGGUUUCUUUGCACCAUUUACAUGAUGGUGCAAAGUACCCUCAAUUUAACCAAACUAUUGCUGUGUGUGUCUCUUAUAUGUGAAUGUACGGUUUUGGUGUACUACAACAUGGCAAAUAAUAGAAUUCUGGGAUUGUAAUGAAAUAAGUCAGCAAAUAAUGUAAGCCUUACCUUUUUAUAUCUUGCGGAAUUUUCCGAUACGCAUAAAAGAUCAAAAAACAAAAUUUUACAUGAUUUUAGACAAAAAGUUCAAAAGCGCAUCACUCAACAACCAAACACUGCAAAGCUGUCCAAUAGGUUUUCAAAGCAGCAUUGGAAUGCUCUGUUGAGAAACUCCGCAACUAUGAGCAUGUAGUUUGUAUUUUCUUCCCUAGAUGUCAGCGUAGGUCAUUUGGUGAGUGGUGCAAAGUAUCACCUGUAGGCGCAAAGUAAUCUCAUCUUACGGUAUUUUAACGACGAAUGGUAUAUUUAAUUUUUUGUUUUAGUUUCCUAUCAACCGGUGAAAGCUACGUAUCUUUGGCAUUUGCAUUUCGCAUUUUACCAAGCUACAUAUGUCGAAUUGUGAAAGACUUCCAUCAGUUUUCAUGCCUACUCCAACCGAAGAACAUCUUCUUGCAACUGCCAAGGAAUUCGAAGAAAAGCGGAAUUUUCCAAAUUGUUUUUUGGCUGCAGAUGGCAAACACGUUAGGAUAUUUUUCCCUGGAAGAAGUGGUUCUCUAUAUUAUAACUAUAAAGAUUUUUUUCUAUAAUUUUACUCACAUUUGUGGAUGCAAACUACAAAUUUGUUAUGGUUGAUACCGGUUUGUAUGGCAAAGAAAAUGAUAGUGGUAUCAUUGAAAAAUCUGACAUAAUAAAGAUGAUUACAGAUGACUCAUUUUUUCCUCCUCCAGGGACCAUUGGGGAAAACUGUGUUUUACCACAUGUUGUUGUAGAAGACGAAGCGUUCAAGCUGUCAACACACAUGAUGAAAUCUUUUUAAAGACAUGAUGCUCGCGAAGACAACCAGAAAGCUAUUUUCAACUAUCGGCUGUUACGUGCAAGAAGGGUCUCACUAAAUGCCUUUCCUCUCCUGAGUCAAGUUUUUCGUAUAUUCUAUACACCAAUAGCUGUUGAUCAGAAGGUUACUGAUGAUUUAGUAAUGACUGCAUGUUGUCUUCAUAACAUGCUCCGAGAUGCUUACCUUGAAGAAAACAACGUAAGUUAUUUUCCUCUUUCAAGCGCAGAGAAAAAACCAACAGAAAAUUUAAGACCUUUAGUGGCUAGGGGGGCUAUGGCAAUCUAAAGGAUUUGCAGUAAGGGGACGUUUUACCGACUACUUCAGUGGUAAUACUGGAUCGGUACGGUGGCAAACGAAUCAAGUAACGAGAACUGAUCGGCAAGAAUGAAAACCAACAAGUGUUGUUACAACAAUGACUAACUAUCCAUUACAUAAUAUAAUUAUAUCACAUUUGGCUGUCAUAAAGAUUUAAACAUAUAAUUGUGUAUGAUAUGUUGCGGCACAUAGCGGCAACCAAUUUUACCGUAGCUUAGCAAAAUGUUUUCAUAGCAGCGGUAUAUCAUAACUGAAAGUGCAAAAGUUCUUAUGUCAAAAAAAAAAAAACACAUUUUUCAAGAGAGCAAAAAAACUGUUUAUUUGUUCGUAUGCUGAAUAUAUUUUUGUAAUCUUGAGGCUAGGCAAUUAAUUUAGAAUCUAUUAGUACAUGAGAGACAAAGUAAGGCAUUAAAAUAUUUUUUAAUAGGUUUAGCUAAACAUACAAUAUUUUUCAAUCAAAGAGAGAGUAAAAUAUCAACAUACAACUUUUUCACUUCAAUGUCAAGGUGAAUACAAGACAUACAACU